GUGCAAUUCCUAGUGCAACAUUGGUAUGUCGCAUAUGAUCGCACAGUCGCUUCUCGACACCAACUAUCCCUCCAUCUACCCAUUCAAAUAUCAUAUACUACAAGAUGAACGGCAUACCUGGAGCUGGAGCCGGGGCCCCUGCGGCGCAAGGCCAAUAUGAUCCGAACGAUCCCAACAUCAAAAGGUUAAAUGCGAUGAUGGAGUCCUGUUUUGGCAAAGCCGCAGUCUCAGGCGUAAUGGGGUUUGGUAUGGGCGGUCUCUUUGGAAUGUUCAUGGCAUCUAUGUCCUACGAUACACCCUUCCACACCCCCGGCGCACCGGGCUCGGCAACUCCAGUAUCCUCCCUCCCAUUACGCCAGCAGCUGAAGGUUGGCUUUAAAGAUAUGGGAACACGGUCAUACAGCACAGCCAAGAACUUCGGUCUCGUUGGCCUGAUGUUUGCCGGUAUCGAGUGCGGCAUUGAGGGAUACCGUGCUAAGAACGAUCUGGUUAACGGCACCGCAGCUGGGUGCUUAACGGGUGGAAUUCUAGCCAGAAGUGGUGGCCCGACUGCAGUUGCGGGAGGAUGUGCAGCAUUCGCGGCAUUUAGUGCGGCGAUAGAUGUCUGGUUGCGACAGCCAAAGGACGACGAGUAGAAAGAAAUACAGGGGACUGAAUACUAGGGAGAAGAACACGGGUGUAUGAUUAUGAACAUGGUUCUUUUGGCAACUAAAGACUCCAAAACGGCGUUGGGUCACGGAUUGCAUAGCAUGACGGCGUUAUGGUUGCGCGGAUCUAUUGAAGGGGGUCAUAUUCUCCACUUAGGAUCUUGAGGUUCAUAGAAGAUGGACAUCAUGGGACAGCUAACAAAUGUCACUACUGGAAGAUGAGCUAAAAUUCAUCCAUGAUAGAGUAAUGUAAACGCUUAACUGCUUGUAUACCUAGUAGUCCUAUUCUAUGUCUAUUAUGACUAAUGGUGAAGUGGGG